UUGUUUCUGGCACGUGCUGCUACUCCUUAUCCCAUGACUCAUGGAUUCAUGAGUUUUAUAUUGAUUCUUUGUGAUCAUUCAUGCUUUCAUAUUCCAAUCUGGUGGAGGAGUAAGGACACUCUUUUAAACAAGUUGUGACUUCAAGAGCUUUUCCAUUUAUGGCAAAUGCCCACAGUAUUUUCUCUAAUAAGACGACACCUUAGGCCAUGAACUCUGCCUUCUCCACAUCCUUUUGAUUGUGCUAGAAGAGAAACAGCACAAGAUACCAGCAGCAAUUGCCCUCCAAGACAAGAAAAGGAAAGGAGGGGAUGAAACACAUCCAUCUUAGUCUCCUGCUUCAGGUUAACUGGUUUAACAACAUCUGUGUGAACAGAAUUAUUAAAAGACAGACACAAUCACCAGUUCUGUUCUGCAACACUAUUGCUGCAAUGUCCUGCUUUUAAGAUGGGUUCCUCAGAGAAUAGGAAGUAGACUGAUAAGACAAGCACACAGCUUCUUGGUUCAGACAAAACAUACUAAAUAGAUAUCCCGUUAUCUAAAUCACAGCUCAACAUGGCUUGGGAGGAAAUUGAGGAAUACAAUUAUAGCAUGUGGCACCAUUUUGUCCUAUGGUUAAUCGUCAUCUUUAUAUGGUGGAAAUGGAGAGGUAGGGAGAAUUUAGACGAAGUGGAUCCCGAAGGGAAAUACAUAUUCAUCACUGGUUGUGACUCUGGAUUUGGGAAACUGGCAGCUAUGACCUUUGAUAGGCGAGGAUUUCAAGUGAUUGCUGGUUGCCUCACGGAAAAGGGGGCAAAGGAGCUGAAAGAGGAGUCAUCGGCCAACCUCCAAACAGUGCAGCUGGAUGUGACAAACUCAGACAACAUCAAGCAAGUAGCAGAACAAGUUAAGAAAGAAGUAGGACAACGUGGUCUCUGGGGCCUUAUCAAUAAUGCUGGUGUCAUGGGACCAUCAGCCCCUACCGACUGGCUGAGGAUUGAGCACUUUAGAGCGCCCAUUGAAAUCAACCUGAUAGGCCUCAUAAAUGUUACAUUAAACAUGCUUCCGUUGUUGAAGAAAGCCAAAGGAAGAAUAGUAAAUGUAACCAGUGUUGGUGGUAUUCUGGCAAUAUGUUCAGGGGGUUAUUGUCCAUCCAAAUAUGGAGCAGAAGCCUUUACCCACAAUUUAAGACAGGAUAUGAAGCCCUUUGGAGUGGAAGUGUCCUGUAUUCAGCCUGGCUUGUUCAAAACAGAUCUCUCUGAUAGAGUCCGAGUCGUAAAAGAAAAAGUGGCCAUUUGGAAUAGCCUUCCUCCCACCAUCCAACGGCAAUAUGGUGAACAUUACCUCAAGGAAGAUGCAAAAAAGAAAGAUAAAUUAGUCAGGCUGUGCCAGAAUUCAGACCUGUCACUGGUUGUGAGGUGCAUGGAACAUGCCAUAAUGAGCAAAUAUCCAAAGGCUUAUUACAGCGUAGGCACAGAUGCUAAAUUCCUUUGGAUUCCUCUUUCAAAGAUGCCCACCUUUAUCCAGGACUACAUACUCAUGAAGAACAAAGUUAAGCUAUUUAAUCCAAACUCAGAAUAAGAUCUCCUCCUUUGUUCCUUGGAGGGAAACUCCAACCUGUUGGCUCAGAACUUAUGAUACUGUGACCAUUGUUUGUUACCCAGUUCAAAGUACCAAUUCACGUACAUGCUUCAAAAGCUGUGCUUGCUUAAAUAAGGAAGAUAAAUACUCCAAUGUUCAGGCAAACAAGCAUCCAGUAGUGUGGGUGAUCCCAUUUCUUGCUGACAUUAAGACAGUAAUAUGGUCUGUAUUAUCUGAUGGUUGUUAAGGCUGAAUGAGCAUUUGCUGACAAAAAUACAUCUUAGGCAAUCGAUCAGUCAAAACUUGGAAAACUCUACUAUCGCAGGACAGUGAAAUAAUCGUGUAUUUUAAGAGCUCAUGAGAAGAAAAACAAAGGCAGUUAAAAAUACUAUGUACUUUGCAAACAUUGGUGGUUUGAAAGAGCUCUACAGAAGCAAAACAAAAUCCUGGUUCACCCUUUAUAUGUGUGUGUGUGUGUGUGUGAGAGAGAGAGAGAGAGAGAGAGGGAGGAAGGGAGCGAGGGAGAGACAGAAAGACAGACAGCGGGACCCAUAUAAUGGCAGUUUAAGCCCUUUGCAGAGGAUUGAAUUCUUGGAUGAUUGGAAUUUGCCCAGAGGUCAAGAGACUAACCCAAGGAAGGACCAAUUGAAAGAGAUAUAGAUAGUCCUUGACUUACAACCACAAUUGAGCCUAAAAUUUAUGUUAAGUGAGACAUUUGUCAAGUGAGUUUUGACCCAUUUUAUGACCUUUCUUGACACAGUUGUUAAGUGAAUCACUAUAGUUGUUGAGUUAGUAGCCUGGUUGUUAAGUGAAUCUGCUUUCCCCAUUGACUUAGAUUGUUGGAAAGUGGCAAAAUGUGAUCACACGACCCUGGGAGACAAUAGCUAUCAUCAAUAUAAACCAGUUGCCAAGCAUCUGAAUUUUGAUCACAGCAAGUUGUAACAGUGAAAAAUGGCCCUAAGUCACUUUUUUUCAGUGCUGUUGUAACUCUGAACAGUUCACUAAAUGGAACUGUUGUAAAUCGAGGACUACCUGCAAUGCCCAUGAACAUGUAAGGGAAUGCCUCUCUUUAGUGAGGAAACUUUUCCUUCAAAUGUCUGAAGACUGAGAAAUCUUGCUUCCUGUAUAUCCUUUCCCCCUCAGUUCAGCCUCCGUGGUUAGGGCUCUCCAUCCUCAUGCUGCACUGGUUCAGGUAAAGCCUCUUCUGAGAUGUUAGGAAGCCAUUAGUUGAAUGCUGGCUUGAUUUGGCCUCAUGCCUUUUAUAAAAUAGAAACUGGAUAUUGAUGCCAGCCAUUCCAGAUUACAGUCCUCCUGGCUGAAGUUGUUGGGAAUAUAAGUUCAGCGACAUCUCGAGAGCCCACAAUGAGUGCGCUCAGAAGCCACGACUAAACACGUGCCGAAAAAAAAUAUCAGGUUUAAUUUAGCAUCUUUCCAAUUAAGGGGUCAGAGACACAAUUUCCAUUGGCAUGGGCAAGACUCGAUUUUGCAAACAAUUUGGUGUGCUGCAGAGCUCUUCCUAUGAUACAGUAAUUGCAUAUGUCUAACGAGCAAAAAUGAAUUUGAAUUUGCUUUGCACUCUUCGGUUUUGAACUGCGAAAGUAAGAAAAUUCUGGUCGGGCUUCUUUGAAUUAAAAACAGUCAAACUGUGGCUCAGUGAAGAUUAUCUAUUCACUUAUCUAUUUCCCCAAACUAGAUUGUGAUUUGUUUUUAAUUCAGCAUGUGGUAUGAUCUUAACUAGUUGUGGCAUAUUCAAAAUGCCACAUAUUCAGAUGUGGUUAAAAUAAGUCGUGAUUUAGCAUUUCAUAUUUCUUGAAUCCCUUCAAGCCCUUUUCGGGAAGCUUUGCAAACACAUCACAACGGCAGUAGGCUAAGCUUGCUGCUCACCUCUUUAUCACAUCUGUGGAUCAAAAUGUUAA